UCCGUGUGUUCAGCCAUUUUGUAAGAAAAUCAAGCAAGUCUGCCGCCCUCCCUACCUUCGCUUCAGACCUGCAGUUUUUUUUCUUGUGCAAUGGACGGCCGCCUAGACGCUGACUUGUACCCUCUGGGAUCCGGCUACGUCCCUGAAAUUGACAGUGUCCAUGACAUAUCAGUUGGCACAAAGAGGGGAUCCGACGAACUCUUUUCUUCCUGCAUAUCCAACGGGCCCUAUAUCAUGAACUCAGCCAAUGGCAACGACAGCAAAAAAUUCAAAGGUGACGUCCGCAGUCCUGGUGUUCCAUCACGUGUGGUCCAUGUACGCAAGCUUCCCAACGACAUAAAUGAGGCUGAGGUUAUUGGACUGGGACUGCCCUUUGGGAAGGUCACUAAUCUGCUGAUGCUGAAAGGGAAAAACCAGGCAUUCUUGGAACUGAACAGUGAGGAGUGUGCACAGACGAUGGUGAGCUACUACUCCUCUGUCACCCCUGUCAUCAGAAACCACCCCAUUUACAUGCAGUACUCAACUCAUAAGGAGCUCAAGACGGACAACUCCCCCAACCAAGUGCGUGCCCAGGCAGCUCUGCAGGCAGUCAAUGCACUGCAUGGAGGUGGGAUGGGAAGCAUGGCCAUUUCCGCAGAAGCAGUUAGCAUCGGAGGAGCAACGUCCCAAAGCCCUGUACUCAGAGUCAUAGUGGAAAACCUCUUCUACCCUGUCACCCUGGAUGUACUGCACCAGAUUUUCUCUAAGUUUGGCACUGUGCUGAAGAUCAUCACGUUCACUAAGAACAACCAGUUCCAGGCUCUGAUCCAGUAUGCCGAUGGCAUGACAGCUCAGCAUGCCAAACUGUCUCUGGAUGGACAGAACAUCUACAAUGCCUGCUGUACCCUGAGAAUCAGCUUCUCCAAGCUCACCAGCCUCAAUGUCAAGUACAACAAUGACAAGAGCAGGGAUUACACCCGCCCAGACCUCCCCACUGCAGAUUCACAGCCCUCCAUUGACCACCAGACCAUGGCAGCUGCUGCAUUUGCUGCCCCAGGCAUAAUCUCAGCCUCUCCCUAUGGUGGAGCUCAUGCCUUCCCCCCAACCUUUGCCAUCCAACAGACAGGUCUGUCGAUGCCUGGUAUUCCUGGCGCUCUGGCGUCUCUGGGUGUGGGCCACGGUGGCAUGGCAGCUGCAGCAGCUGCCGCUAGCCGGUUCGGUCUGUCAGGGCUCGGCCCUUCUGGGGGACACCAUGUCUUGUUGGUCAGCAAUCUGAACCCUGAGAGCGUUACGCCACACUGCCUCUUUAUUCUUUUCGGUGUGUAUGGCGAUGUGAUGAGAGUGAAGAUCCUAUUCAAUAAAAAGGAGAACGCUCUGAUCCAGAUGUCUGAUGGCACACAGGCUCAGCUAGCUAUGAGCCACCUGAAUGGCCAGCGUCUUCAUGGCAGGGACAUGCGUGUGACAUUUUCGAAACACACCACAGUGCAGCUUCCCAGAGAAGGCCAUGAGGACCAGGGCCUUACAAAGGACUACGGCAACUCGCCUCUUCACCGUUUCAAGAAGCCUGGCUCCAAAAAUUACUCCAACAUCUUCCCACCCUCUGCAACACUCCAUCUCUCCAACAUACCGCCUUCUGUGGUGGAGGAUGACCUCAGGAGGCUUUUUGCCAGCUCAGGAGCCACAGUCAAGGCCUUCAAGUUCUUUCAAAAAGACCGCAAGAUGGCCCUGAUCCAGAUGGCCUCAGUCGAGGAGGCAAUCGAGUCCCUCAUCGAGUUCCACAACCACGAUCUGGGAGAGAACCACCACCUUCGAGUGUCCUUCUCAAAGUCCACCAUCUGAGUGCCUUUUCUUCCUCCCUCCAAGUCUAUUGCCAUCUGAAUGCUACUUUUCUUAAGGUUGCCUUCAGUGGAAAUGGCCACCAUUACAUAUUUAUGGCUAUGGUUCUUUGUAGAAUGUUGCUCCCUUCACCCCCAUUCUUAAUUUCUCCCCAUCAUUUAUAGUUUUGGGUAUAGAAUUUAAUCAAUUCCACUUACUUAUUCUGGUUCCAAUUUUUGUCAAUCAUAAUACACCAAAACAUGUUGAAAACACACACAAUUAUUUUCUUUUGAUUUACGGUGUCAUGAACUGUAAUUCAGCAUAGAAUACAAGGUAUUUUAAAUUAAAAUGUAGAUAAAUAUGAGUAUGUCCUCUUGCCAUGCACAAAUUGAUUGUUUUACACUUGUUUUUAUUUGAGCUAGACAUUAGCUGAUUCUAGGGCAUUAUUACUUUGACCGGGGACCUCCAAAAACCUGGCAUUCUUGGACCAUGUCACAGUAUGUUAGACGGACUUCUCUUGUGCAGGAAGUAGUUUUUGCUCAGUGAUUACAUUUUCCUGUGUCACUACUCUUUUGUUAAGCUUAGCUACACUUGUAAGCUGUAGGUCCUGCUCGUAAUGAUGUAAACAUUAUUCAUGUGCAUUGGUGCAAGUGUAACAGGCGAUGUAAGCCAAACUUAGCUCAGGAAUCAGUAAGUGGAAUCAAAGUUUCUGAUCAAAUUCCUGGUUUUUAUACAAUUUAAACUGGUUUCAGUUAAGGACAGGUUCUUGGUACCCAAACCUAAUCAUUAAUUUGUCCCAUCAUAAAGUUUUAAGUGGGGUCCUGGCAAAUGGCAACGUUCUACAAUGAAACAUUCAUGUAUUGUAUUGGAGGUAAAGUUAGGGGCAGCUGAUGAACUGUCACUUUAGACCAAAUCGCUAAAAAAAAAGUCACCCUCCACCAUGGAUGUAUGUAUGCUUAUGUGGAUGAAUUAUAUCCACACCAGACACACUUCAGCAUUCCUUUUACUAUGAUAGUCGUGUGGAUAUAUCUGUGUGCGCCUUUUUGAAAGCCACUUUUUGAACCUGUUUGGCCAGUCAGCAAUGGCUUGAGACAAAGGAUUUUGUUUUGGUUCACAGACCACCCAACAAUUAAUUUCAAUUAAUUAUCAAUUUUUAAUUUUUUUGGUCCUCUUAACUACCCACUUAUUUGCUUUGGGGUAUCCAUACCACUAUCUGAAGUUAUUCAAUAAGGACACAAUUUUCUUUUAAUAUCUUUAUCUACAGUCUUGUGCCUUACUUUGCCCCAACCAAAUUGCUUAAAGCAUUGCUCUGGCAUCAUUUGGAAAAGAUGUGGCUCUCAAUAUACCUUUUUUUCAUGCCUUCUGGUAUGUUCCAGCAUUGUUUAAAUGGGGGAAGUGGCUCAUUCAAUCUUCUGUUUCUUCUUAAAAACACAAAUGUUUAUCUAAGGGUUUGUAUGCAUAUAUCCCAUUAUAUGUAUGUAGAAACUAUGAAUGUAAGUCAUUUAGAUGCCUAAUAUUUUUGCUAGGUGAUGUAGCUCUGUUAGGUGUAUUGUUGCAGGAGUAGAGCUGUAGAGCUUCAGCCUUCCUGCCCUACAGUCCCCAUUCACCUCCAUUUAGUCCUUUUCUUAGUAGGGACAAUGGUGUUUGGGACCUCAUUUAACCAUAUUAUGUUCAUCUAUAUGUGGACACAUAUAUUCAUUUAUCUUUUCUUUUAAUGUUAGCAUUUACAUGUGUAUCACUUCUAAGCUUAACUGAUACCUGUAUGUAGUGGCUGGGUUUGAUCAUUAUCACAGUGCCUUGACUCCUUGAGUUUUUAAUCUGAGGCUGAAACACUUUCUGGCCUGGUCAGUUGACUUUGUUUACCUCUCAUUCAGGUGUUUUAUCUUACCUGUCUGCAAAUAUGCCUUUAUCCCAUUAUAUUCAGGUAAUCCUACCUGUGAGAGCAGCUUGGAGGCGUUUGUCAAUUGAAAGUAACAACAGUCUUGAACUGUGUCUAAAACCCAGUAUAUAUUUAUUUCUUAAAUUCAGGAUUACAGAGUGGGAAAGCCCUCACAGAUUCCCUGUCUGUGUCCACUUAAUGCCACAAUCAGGUUCUUUAGUGCACUUUUCCUCAAUGAUAGGUCCACGUUGGCACCAUCACGCUGAAGUCUUAAAUGUCGUCACAUUCCUGUGUGCCUCAAGCACCAGUUUCCACAGCCUCGACCACUAGUUUUGGACCAGAUACAGAUGCGCUCUGUCUCUAUUUUUGUAAAAGAUUAUUAUGCAUGGUUUAACAAAGCUUCAUGUAGCUGCAGACGGUUAUGCUGUUAAGGACCAAAGUAUCUUCUACCCCAGCUGUUUUGUAGUGUUGUGAUUUAAGGUUUUUCCACAUUCCUGCUAUUCCACAAGUACACACGGCUUCAAUUUAAUUUUUUCCUGUUUCUCCGAUGCCUUGGACAAAAGUCACAUGAAGUUGAAAUAUCUUUUGGGUUUCAACCUAUACUGUAUAUUGUAUCCCUUUUUUGUUUGAUUGACUUUACAAAGAGCCUACUUUGGUAGGGAUUGCUUUAGAAUGGAUACUUAAUUGAAAUGUUGACAGUGUAGAAGAUUAUAUGCCUUUCAAGUUUUGUUAAAAGCUUUUAUUUUUCUCUCCUUUUUUAUAUGGGGGUGGGGUUAUUGUAUGAAGCGGGGUUGAUGGUUGUAUAUAUUCAUGUUUUUGUACCACAAAAUCAUUUGGAUUAUAUCCUCUUUACGUUCAAAACAUGUAUAUUUUGAUAAAACAAUACAGACCUAUUAAGCUCUCUAGAGCUGUAAAAACAAAAACUUUUGUAACACAAAGACAUUAAACCAAUCUGAACACAGAAGUGUCUCUGUAUGUGCCCCCCACCCACCCCCCUUGCCAUUCUGUUCUUGUCUCUUGCAUCUUCUGCUGCCUUCAAUAAAUCUUUAGUUUGUUCCUUCUUUCA